UCAGACAAAUGCUGUACUCUGACUGGUCCGGACGGCUAGCUCUCGCUGAUUGACAAGUAACCGGAUUGGCCAGAGGGCGCGGGUGGGGCGGUAUCUCGUGUGGGCUCUUCAAGGCUUCACGGAGAGCGAAUGUCGUCAUGAGCGAUCAAAAGGACAGUAUGGCCACCACUGUCGCAGUCAGCCCCAGUGAAUAUCUUCAGCCCUCCACCACCGCUUCUCAAGAUUCACAGCCUUCCCCACUGGCACUUCUGGCGGCUACCUGCAGUAAGAUUGGGCCUCCUGCUGCCCAAGCCCCAGUCAGCACACCACCAUCUCAGCCAACCACGCGCCGUCUGCACCCCAUCAAGCCUGCCCCUAUUGCUCCGGCUCCACCCAAAAACCUUGGGUUCCUCUCGGCGAAAGGGAAUGUCAUCCAGCUGCCUGCGGGACUUGGUUCGUCAGGGGCCAGUCCCAUUGUUUUCACUAUUCAGAGCCCUUCACGUCCAGCAGGCACAUCCAAUGCCAACAUCCAGUACCAAGUGAUUCCUCAGUUCCAGGGGUCUCAGACCAUUCAAAUGAUGCCUCAGGGAGGACAGAUCCAGAUCAUCCCCGGAACCAACCAGGCCAUCAUCACCUCACCUGUUACAGUUCAGGCUGCCACACCGGCCCCGCCUCCUCUGGCCCCGGCACCGGUACCUCAGCAGAAGACGGUGGCGAUCAAGCCGUCCUCUCAAAAGCGGCGGCAAAAUAAUGCCAAUGUAAAUGCUAACGUUGUACGACUCCCUAGUGGACUCACGCUCCCUCUUAACGUUACUACUAGUGAUGUGGGAGGAGCGCAGAUUGUAACAGAGACUACUGCUGCUCCAGUGAAGGGCAAGAGGGGAAGGAAGAGACAGGUGGCUAUAGCCCCGCCUCCUCCUGCCCCUCAACCGGCCUCACCGCCACCUGUAGCUGAGCAGGUUGAAGCGCUGCUAAUAGAGACCACAGCCGACAAUAUUAUUCAGGCAGGAAAUAAUCUCCUGAUCGUGCAGAGUCCGGGGGGGAGUCAGCCUGCCGUGGUGCAGCAGGUGCAGUUGGUUCAGCAGAAAUCCGAUCAGCAGGUCGUCCAGAUUCCCCCACAGGCUCUAAAAGUGGUACAGGCCGCCUCUGCCACACUUCCCCCUGUACCACAGAGACAGACAGUCACACCCAGUGUGCAGGUGUCCCCCCCAGAACACACACAGGUGCUGAUUAAAACAGCCUCAGGUGAAUGGCAGGCUGUACAGCUACAGGAGACCACGGUUACCACGCCAACAACACCCACCAGCACCCCCACACCUGCGGUGGUCACUAAAAAGGCUCAAACAGGGGCACGGAAAGAAAGGACUCUGCCUAAAAUUGCCCCGGCUGGAGGGGGUCUGAUAACCCUGAAUGCAGCCCAGCUAGCUUCUGCUGCUCAGGCUGUUCAGACCAUCAAUAUUAAUGGUGUCCAGGUGCAGGGUGUUCCUGUAACGAUCACCAAUGCUGGGGGCCAGCAGCACCUCACGGUGCAGACGGUUCCAGGCGCGGGUCUGCAGUUGGGUGGUAUGCAGACACAAACGCAGACCAUGCAGGUGGAGCAGACACAGACGCUCGCACUGGAACUGCAGAGUCAGCCAGGAGAGAAAAAACGGCGUAUGGCCUGCACCUGUCCAAACUGCAAAGACGCAGAAAAGAGGCCAGGAGAGGUGGGGAAAAGAAAACACAUCUGCCACAUAGCAGGCUGUGAAAAGACCUUUCGAAAGACUUCCCUGCUACGGGCGCAUGUCCGACUGCACACGGGAGAGAGACCCUUUGUGUGCAGCUGGGUCUUCUGUGGAAAACGCUUCACACGCAGUGACGAACUGCAGCGACACGCCAGGACACACACGGGAGACAAACGUUUCGAGUGCAAUAAAUGUCAGAAACGUUUCAUGCGGAGUGACCACCUCACAAAGCAUUACAAAACACACAUCAACACAAAGAGCCUGUGAACAUCAUCUUUCACAGGAUUUCAAGAACUUUGGGAGGAUAAAAAAGAAAAAUGGCCUCUAAGAAUGGGAGGAAACAAAGGUCAACCCCCCUUCAUGUGUACGACAUGACCCUGGAAAGUCACCUGUUUAUACCAGCUGUUUCAGGGUAGACUACACUCCCGCUGUCCACUUUUUUUUUUUUUUAACUCGCCCUCAUUGUCAGAGGAAGGCUGGCAGGCCGUAAAGUGGGGCCCUCACCUAAGAUUCACGAAGAACAUGGGUGCCAAUUGUGUUUUGGGUGAUUUCCUCUGUUAUACGGAGCGAAAAAGAUGUCUGUCUCAGCACCAACAGACACUCCAGCCAAAAAAAAAAAGAAGGAAAGAAGUUACUUUUUUUUUUUUUUUUUUCCCCUCAAUUACAAUUUUUCACAUGUAUGUUUUGGUUGUUUUAGCUAUAUCAUGCCCCUCACAAUGAAGUGUAGCAGCUAAUGGACAGUGUUUCCUGGCUUUUAUUGUGUAAAUGUUUGUUUUCAUGCAUACAAACAUACAUUUGUACAUACUAUAGCAAAUUUGAAUACAGAAGUGAUGCUUUGGACAAACUCUUUGACCCACUUAAAUUAUUUUCAGUUGUUAAAUGAUUUUAUAAAGUCUGCUUUAUAAUUUUAAACCGAAGCUUGAAACUUUGUAUAACUUUAGUUGAUUGGUUUUAAUAUCAUUGGAGGUUUUGGAAAAAAAAUAUUUUGGCUUUUACAUACUUGUUCAUGGUUAGACAAUCAUGUCAUGUGUAUAAAGGAGCUAAACAGGAGGGUAAAUAUCUUGGUAUUUGCUACACAUUUAAAGGUUGACUGUCAUAAAAUAAGGAAUAAUUUAUGUUAAAAAAAACAAAAAACAUGUAAAUGGAAUCAAACGUAUGCAGAUUGUGUCUGUUAAAAGAUUGCUAAUGUGUCCAUUCAAAAAAUGUAGAUAUGAAGUUAUGUUUAUGUUCUGGUGUAAAGCAAGAAGAAAUUUCUCACAAACCAGGAUGCAAUGUGACGAAAAUGUGAUUGUGGUUACAUUAUACCAAUUUAAAUGUUUUUAUUUCAUUCAAGGUACGUGUAAAGUGGCUACUGGAUUUAAUGGUUAGUUAAAUUCAGUCAUUCCAUUUAAGAUCAUCUAAGUUUUUGUCCAAGCUCUCUAAAGGAGGCCUUAAGAGGGGAAACAAAAUCUGUGCUCAUGUAUGUUUGUAUAGUGUCUUGAGUUCAUACUGCUCUAUUUGGGUGUAAAAUGUAGGAUAAUUGUUACAUAAACAUGUAUUGGCUGUUGUUGCCAAACAUGAAAGAUGUGGACUGUGUACAGUGUAAAUGAGAAGGAAAAUACAACAUUGUAUAGUUUCAUUCCUAUAAUAUGUAAGACUAAUAGAUUACCCUUUUUAUUGACUAAAAGUUGCCUUAGUCUGCAGCACCCCAUAUUUAAAGAGAUUUGUCUUUUUCCAGGGAACUGCAUUUGUAGACCUGCUUUAUUAUUUUUUUUAUCUAACUUAUGAAAUGUUAAAAAAUGCCAAUUUAUGUGCACUGACCAAAUUCAGGGUUUUCACUGAGUGGAUAAUUUAAUUAUUUGGUUUAUGUACCUAUGUUUGAUUUGAAAGAAUAAAAAGUUCUUUAUCCUUGGUAAACCCACAUAUAAGAGCCCUGGCUUUGAAUAUCGGUAGGUAAACUUGUGUUUGUAUAACUUGUAUUGAGGAGCUUAGACCAGAGAACUUGCUAUCUUUUUCUACAGUCAGACCACCUCUCCCACUCACUCAAUAAAGCAUAACACAAAACA